CACACGCGCACACACACAUACACACUCUCUCUCCUGUGCGCUCAGUCUCCCUCUCUCAGAGCGCACUGCUGUGUCUCUGCUCUGAUCUCCAAACUUUUUCCUUUUUUUAAUUCCUCUCUCCGCUCCGCGCCGUGAAUGAACGAGCCUCUUUAACAUAAUCAGACCAACGUCAUCCGCUGAAGGUGGAUCAUGCAGUGCAGCCUUUUCUAUAAAACCCCCCGCAGCCCGCUCACUGUGGAGGAAUAGUCACCGGUUUGGGCAGAGAAGGCGAGACAGAAAGAAACUUCGCAAAAACGCACACGGAUUUUUCUCAGCGCUGACGGGAAGCUGGUUGGAGAGUUUACGGAGGUAAAGAAGAAAAAGAAACAGAAGGAGGAGAAACUGGACGGAGGAGAAGCUUUGCGCACCGCCGCCGGACAGAGGUUUGAACGGAACACAAGCGCCUUUACGCACAGACACAGGUGGAUGCUGGGAGGCGGACCAGAUCGCAGGAGAUGUUACCCCUGGCCCAGUUUGGGGUGUUGUCAGCCCUGGCCGCCGCGCUCACCUCGGUACUGUCCGCGCUCUUGCUGCUGGCGCUGACCCGGCAGCUGUGGAGCCUCCGCUGGAGCCUGACUCGGGACAAAGAGAGCAGCCUGCCGCUGCCGAAGGGCUCCAUGGGCUGGCCGCUAGUCGGAGAGACUUUCCACUGGCUGUUCCAGGGUUCCAACUUCCACAUCUCGCGCAGAGAGCGCCAUGGCAACGUGUUUAAGACCCACCUCCUUGGGAAGCCUGUCAUUCGGGUAACGGGUGCAGAAAACAUCCGCAAGAUCCUGCUGGGCGAGCACAGCCUGGUGUGCACCCAGUGGCCCCAGAGCACCCGCAUCAUCCUGGGACCCAACACCCUGGUGAACUCCAUCGGAGACCUGCACAAGAGGAAGAGAAAGAUCCUGGCUAAAGUGUUUAGCCGGGGGGCUCUGGAGUCCUACCUGCCCCGGCUGCAGGACGUCAUCAAGUCUGAAAUCGCCAAGUGGUGCUUGGAGCCGGGCGCCAUUGACGUCUACAGUGCUGCCAAGUCCCUGACGUUCCGUAUCGCCGUCAGGGUCCUGCUGGGUCUGCAGAUGGAGGAGGAGCGGAUAGUUUACCUGGCUCAGAUCUUUGAGCAGCUGAUGAACAACCUCUUCUCGCUCCCCAUAGAUGCUCCACUCAGUGGGCUACGCAAGGGCAUAAAAGCCAGAGAAAUCUUGCACGCCAACAUGGAGAAAAUCAUUGAGGAAAAGCUGGAGCGACAGCAGGUGGAGGAGGAAUAUCACGAUGCCUUCGACUACAUACUGUCCAGCUCUAAGGAGCAUGGCCAGCAGCUCAGCAUCCAGGAGCUCAAGGAAACAGCAGUAGAGUUGAUCUUCGCCGCUCACUCCACCACAGCCAGCGCCUCCACAUCGCUAAUUCUGCAGCUACUUCGCCAUCCAGCGGUGGUGGAGAGGGCCAGAAUUGAGCUGGAGGCUGAGGGCCUCGGAUAUGAAUCCAACAGCAGUCACAGCCCAUCUGGUGUCGCUACGGAAAAGGAGGAGGAUGCCGCAGACACAGAGACAACCUGCCUGCUGAACGGAGGCUGUCAGAACCACAGUAAUGGUUUUCCACAGUCCCAGUCUCAUAUGCCGUAUCUGAGCCUGGACAAGCUGAGCCAGCUCCGCUACGUCGACUGUGUGGUUAAAGAGGUGCUCCGCUUCCUGCCACCAGUCUCCGGUGGUUACCGGACAGCCCUGCAGACAUUUGAAUUAGACGGCUACCAGAUCCCCAAAGGCUGGAGUGUAAUGUACAGCAUCCGGGACACCCAUGAAACUGCAGCUGUCUUCCAGAGCCCAGAGCUGUUUGACCCAGACCGGUUCGGCCCAGAACGGGAGGAGAGUCGGUCGGCUCGGUUUAGCUAUGUGCCAUUUGGCGGUGGCGUGCGGAGCUGUGUAGGGAAAGAACUGGCACAGAUCAUCCUAAAGACUCUGGCUGUGGAGCUGAUCGGGACUUGCAAAUGGACUCUAGCCACAGAGAACUUUCCCAAGAUGCAGACAGUGCCGAUAGUGCAUCCGGUGAACGGGCUGCAUGUGCAUUUCACUUACAACCACCCGCUUUAGAUACAAAUACAGACUAACAGACUUUCCAAAUAACUCACCCUUAAAGAGGCAAUUUAACCUUCAGUGUGCUCCUGGAAAAACUCUUCAAGCUCAAGAAAGGAGGCAGAAGCACCUCACUGGGCCUGAUGGUGCAGUUCAGGCCCCCUUUCAUUUCAGUAGACAUGAAGAGGGGGUUUACAUCGGUGGUUUGGAGCAUCUCUUUGGUGGUUUGGUCCAAACCUAAGAAACAACUUUCUAUUGUAGCACAAGUGCAUUUUUAACCAUCUGAUAUGUUCAUCUGCAGCAUUCUUCAUCAUUUCCCAGCUUUUACUAUCCUUUACAUCCAUUCUUAAUGUAUCGAGGUGCAGUGCAAAAGUAAAAUCUGUGAAGCCUUUUCGUUCAAUCAGAAGAUCUGGGCUUGCCCACACUUGACUUACAACAGCAGAUGUUUCUAUUUAUAGCUUUUAACACAUACACAUAAUAAAAAAACAAGUAAUGUUUUGUGCUCAAUAGCUCAUGUUCAGCUGGAGAAACCCAGUUUGACCUGCAUACAGUAAGUGCCUAGUAAACAGAUUUCAGAUUUCUAAGACCUACAACACAUCUACUGCGAAUACAAGUCUCCCAUGAAGCCAUCCUAGCUACAGUUUCUUUGCUCUGAUGAAGCUCCAAGUCCGAGGACAAACAUGCAGCAUUUUGUUGGGAUACACACUGAGACAAAGCAUUUUACAGAUGAUAAACAACUCUGUUUUGCUGCUUUUAUCUGUUGUACAUGUUAAGGCCCAGACACACCAAACCAACCAACCAGAGAACUAGCGUCAAUGAAGGCCCCCUGCUGCAUCGCCUGAUGUCACUGUGUCUCGGUCAAAAAGCUGCACACAAACACAUUACAAAGACUGCAGCCAAUGGCCAACCAGCACGUGUGUUAUGCAUGAGAGGAAGUAACUCUCCACACCAGCAGAUGGUGGUAGUCUGUAAUCAUCAUUCAAAAGUGGAAAUAGGAAGACCAUCUUGACGCCAGUUAGCCAGUUAGCACAUUAACAAUGUAAUCCAAUGUUGAAAAAACAAAACAUAUAUACCAUGCGCCAGGGAACAAUAACACAAACCAUCAUGAAAAAAUAAGGAUCUUAUCUUACGUAGCAAGUUCAUUUUGGUCUCACUCCCUCUCGACUUUAGCUCUUUGUUUACUUUCCUCACUUCCGUUUCUCUUUUUGUGAGCUGAGCUGAACUGCCAGUCAGAGUGAUUUUUAUUCACUGACGAGCUCUGCCAUUGCUGACGCUAAUUCAGCAUGCUGAAUUAGCCAAAAUAAAGCCAACGGGGGCCAACAAGAGGCGAUGCUCUGGGGCGACAGAUGCUUACCGACCCAACAUUGACCGGCAGUCUGUUGGUUUUGUGUGUCAGGGCCUCGAGAAUCUUUUACAUCAAAGCACAUUCAAGGGCUAUGUAUUGCUUUUCGCUGUGCGGGAUAAGCAAGUCAUGAGUAUUUCACUUCACUUACAUUCACAAAACCUUUAUGAUUCACCUUGGAAAGCUCACAGAAAUGCAGCUGGUAGAAUUUUUCCAAUACAGGGACAGAAGCUGGGACCUCAUCUCCAAUGACUGUGUUGUUUUGUUCCUCAAUCCUUCACUUGUUUCAAUGUACAUCUUUACUGCCUGUGAGCAAGGCACUGGUUGCCUGCCAGCUCCAUGGAAAUGUUACCUGUAGAGACACAAACAGAUAAAUCCAAUCAAUGUAAAUAUGACAAUUCUCAUUAGAACCUGAUUAAGGUCAGAAAUGCAGUGAAAAGAUCUUCAAAAUAUUUCCAAAUCCAUGUUGGACAAAGGAGGGACUGGACUCACCUCCAGAUGUCCUAGUCGUGAUGUUCAGCAAUAAUCUCCACUGCUUAAAAAAAAAAAAACUCUCACUGAUGGAACUUGCACUUGAUUUUGACACAUAAAUCCUACAACCAGGAACUGCCCAAACAACAAGGUCAAAAUACAUUCAAACUGUUCUGUUUUUUGAACAUGAAUGUAAUAUAUAUCCUUAACAGUGCUAUUAUGUGUGUAUCAAAUGAAGUAGCAUUAUGAAUAAGCUGUAUUUAAAAUGCAGAUGUAUCAUUUCUGUUGUACUUUUACUCUAUCUGUAACAAUAUUUGCUGUAAUUGUGAAUAGAGACACUAACCUGUAAUGUAAAGGACUGUCCAAAAAACUUAGUUUCACUGCUAGAACAUAGACAUCUUUCACUGUUUAGAGCAGCAUAUAGAGAGUAAAGUUAUUAUUAUUAUUAUUGUUAUUAUUGGUCUAAUUUUAGGACUGUUUCUGUCUUGGUCUUGAAGCCUAAUAGACGCGCUGUGAAAUCUUACGUAUGGAUGGAUUUGUGGAAGGAGAUAGCACUUUCUCCGCUUUAAGGAGUCUGUAUAUA